AUGGGCGGUCCGAGGAAAGAGCUGAUGAAGAAGAAAAAAGGCAUCGUCGCCACCGGAGGGAUGAGCAACAAAGCGGACGCGAAUUGGUCGGAGCUGAAGAAAAUUGAUUUACAGUGUCCGUAUUGCGAUCGAGAUCCGUUUAAACAGAGAGACCGAUUGAAAAUGCACAUCGAAAGACAUCACAAGGAAGAGUUAGAGAAGGAAUUUAAUGCGGAAAGUGGUGGGAAAGAAGUAAAAAUAGAUGCGAAAGAUGCGGUGAAGAUGUUGGCGCAAAAGCAGAAAGAUUUGCUAGAAAUGAAGUUGGCGGAAAAGAGCAAACAGCAAAGCGAUAAAGCGAAAGGCAUCGAUCCGUCCGCAAUAAAUAUAAAUACAACGACAACAAAUCCGAAAGAUAGAAGCGCGAAGAAAAUUACCGUGGAUACGGCACCGGUGGUGAGAGCGUCGGUGAAACAACCGAGAACGAUCUUGGAGGAGUUUGCGAAUAAGAAGAAGGACAUCCGGAAGCCGCGAUACGUGCCGCAAGAGAAGAAAGAGAGUAGUACUACUACCGGUGAUAAUAAAUGGAUUUGUAAGGUUAUUUUGCCGGAUAAAUAUAAACCAGAUUCAGAUAUUGUGUUGUGGAUGAACGACGCGGCGCCGUCAAAAGAAGAGGCGAUUCAGAGAGGGGCGACGUUGGCGUUGGCGAGAUACGCGACGAAUCUCCCUUUGCAAAGGUUGCUUCCGCACGACUAUAAACAGAGGUUUGAAAAUUACGAGAAGGAAGAGAAAACCAGAUUAGAGAAGAAGGAAAAAAGAGAAAAGAGAGAGUUAGAGAGGAAAAAUAGGAAACCGAAACCGAAACGGGUCAUUCCGACGUUACACAUGUCCGAAGAGAAAAGGUUGAUGGUUGAAGAACUACUCCGAACGUUUGAAAGCGAAGAGUCUUUGACGAUUACGCAACAUCACCGAUCGUACGACGACUUUUCCGUGUUGCACGAAACGGACGAAGAAAUUGCAAACCCGGAAGUCGAAGCGCUGACGAAGAGAUUGGAAGAGUGUGGUUUUGAGAAAUCAGACGCGACCAUCGCCGUGAAACAAUCGAAAGAUUUUGCCUACGAGAGCGCCUUGGACUGGUUAGUCAUUAACAUUCCAGAAUCGCGAUUACCGGCAAAGUUUGCACCAAAAGCUAUGAACGAUCCAAUAUUCUUGUUGAACAACGCUAAUAAACCGAUGGAGGCGUCUAGGAAAGAGAGUAAUAGCGUUCCCGCGAAAGAUAGCGGAGAUAUUAGAAUUCUUUGGGAACGCGGAUUUUCCGUCGAAGAAUCAGAGAAUGCAGUCAAAACUGCCUCUUCUCUUCCUGCUUCUUCUUCAGUAUCGCCGAUGAUUGUUGCGUAUCGAAAUAGAGUUGGUCCAAAGUUUACGAUUCGUCUAGAGAAACAAAAGAACGAAGAUUGGGAAGACGAAACUGUCGCGAUUGAAUCUAUAUACGGAGAUGAGAACGUGAAGAAAGACGAUAAGGAAUGCGCUAUUUCUGUAUCCGUGGAGAAUAAAGUGCUCGUAACAUUUACGAAUGUGCUUGGUUAUCCCCAAACCGCACCUCCACUGAUAUAUUUAUCUUAUAUAGAUAGCAGUAGUAGUAGUGGUGGUAGCAGUAAUAGUAGUGAUAGGGAAAUGAUUGCGACGUGUUUGGAAGUAGCGGUCGCAGCGGCGUUGGAAUGCGUGGAAAGUGGGUCGGGGCCGUGCAUGUAUUCAGUCAUCGAUGCAAUCAGCACGGAGUUAAGCAAAAUGAGAUCUACCAACAGCAACACCGAAUCAUAUGCAACGACAAAAGCAACGCAAAAGUUAUCGUCGUCGUCUUCAGCGGUACCAAAACCAAGAGGUGUAAACGCGGCAGCAUUUACACCGCCGCCGCGACUUUUGGCAAACCAGCAAGGAGACACGAACAGAAACAAGAACAACGAAAAACGCAACAACGCGCGAAAUCAACUUUCGCGAGCUCAAAUCGAACAAGAAAGCGCGCGUUUGAAAGAUGCGUAUGAUUUAUGGCAACGCGAUUGCAAAUCCAACAAGCACUCGGCGGCUUUUAAAAUGCAAACCGUUCGAAACAACUUACCCGCGUCGGAAUCCAGAGAUAAAAUUACAAAACUCGUCGAAAGUAACGCCGUGGUUGUACUUUCCGGGGAAACUGGAUGCGGGAAGUCGACGCAAGUACCGCAGUUUAUUCUCGAGAACGCGAUUUUUAAUCAAAAAGGUGGCGAAACGAAUAUUAUUUGUACGCAGCCUCGAAGGAUUAGCGCUAUUGGUUUAGCCGAGCGCGUGGCAAACGAAAGAGACGAAAAAGUUGGAGGCGUCGUCGGUUACUCCGUUCGUCUGGAAUCGAAAACGAGUAAAGAGACGCGCUUGUUGUUUUGCACGACUGGUAUUUUACUGAGAAGAUUGCUGAGCGAUCCAACUUUAGAAAGCGUCACGCACGUCAUUUUAGAUGAAGUUCACGAACGCUCCGUCGAUUCGGACGUUUUACUUCUACUUCUCAGACGCGUCGUCCAAAAGCGACCAAAUCUGAAACUCGUUCUCAUGUCCGCGACUGCCGAUGCGGAUUUGUUUGCUGACUACUUUCAAAAACCGUCAAAACGAGCGAACGAAAAUGCAAUCAAAGCCGUGGAAACGUCCAAAAUCACCAUUCCUGGGUUCACGCACCCCGUGAAAGAAUACUACCUAGAAGACGUGUUCCAAGAGACGAGAUUUUUAGUUGGUCAAAAAUCAAAGUACGCCAAGACCGCGGUGGAAAAGAAAAGGCAACUAGCUCUGCUUGAAAACGAGGAAGACAUCGUUGAUCCGAAUGCACUUCUGUCUUCCUCUGACGACGAGGAUUACGAUGACAACCGACAAGCCGAUCGUGAAGUCCCAGAAAGCUGGGACGUAGCCGAGCUGGACGAAAUUGUCGCUUCUUCCAAGAAACAAAAGAAGAAGAACAAAAAUGAUGAAGAUAAUGAAGACGACGAGGAUGACACAUCGGAUAGUGACGACGACGACGACGACGAUGAUGCAGAGGAUUGGGCUUUGAAUAAAAACCAGGCUGCAAAAAAACGUGCGUCUAUUCCGAAGCUUUCUCCCGUGACGAACAAUAACAACAUCGACAACAACGAAACUACCGCGGACGAAAACAUGAAACAAAGGAAAGAAGAGGAAGAACGAGAGCGUCAAACCGAACUCGCUUUAGCGAGAAAGCAUUUGGAAGAGAACUACAGCGAUGAUGUAAAGCGCUCCAUUCAAAACGUGGACGAAUCCGUUUUGAACUAUGAACUGAUUGAAAAUACACUCUCUGCGAUUAUUCGUAAAGAAUUCAAAGAAGGCAUGGAAAGCAUCGUCCCGAAAGGAGGCAAACCGAUGGAGAAAGAUACGUACGGUGCAUUUUUAAUCUUCAUGCCUGGCCAAGCUGAAAUUUUGAAGCUCAUUCGCGUCCUCGAGCAAUCGCGCUUGCUAGAGGUUUCCGAAGUCGGUGAGCUAGACUUUCUUCCUUUGUACGGUCAGCUUUCUGCGGCGGAACAGCGAAGAAUUUUUCAAAAGCCAAGGCUCGGCGUGCGUAAGAUUGUCGUGGCGACAAAUAUCGCAGAAACUUCAGUUACAAUCGACGAUAUUCGAUAUGUUAUCGAUACGGGACGGCAAAAAGAAAUGCGAUACGAUUCGGAGAGAGGUCUAUCUUGCUUGGAAGACUGCUGGGUCUCCAAAGCUCAAGCGAAGCAGAGACGCGGGAGAGCCGGGAGAACGACGCCGGGCGCGUGUUUUCGACUGUUCUCGCGCACGCAAUUUGCAAACUUCGAGAAGACGCAAGCGCCGGAAAUGUUGAGAACGCCACUUCAGUCGUUAGUUUUGAAUAUUAAAAGUAUGGCGCCAGAAUCUGGAACGGCGAAAGGAACGCUUUCGCUCGCGUUGACGCCUCCGGAUGAAAAUGCGCUGGACCUCGCCGUUCAAGAAUUGAAGGAUUUGAAAGCGAUGGCGCUCGUAAAUAACACCGAAGAAAUUGUCACGCCGUUAGGUAAGCAUUUAACGCACAUGCCGUGCGACCCGCGACUGGGUAAGAUGCUCGUCUACGCUUCUUUGUUGGGAUGUUUAGACCCGAUGUUAACCAUCGCGAGCGCAAUGUCCGGACGUCCUUUGUUUUACUCUCCGAAAGAUAAUCGAGAAGACGCCGAGAAGAAAAAACGGGCGUUCGCGGUUGGUAAAUCCGACCACUUGGCCGUCGUCAAUGCCUUUGAUGGGUGGUUAAACGCCAAGAAACGCGGCGGAAGAGGCGCAGAGAGACGCUUUUGCGACGAAAAUUAUCUCUCGAGUCAAGCCUUAGAGGCUGUGUUGCAAUCGCGAGUGGACUUUGCGCAGAUUUUGUCCGACUUGGGAUUUGUUUCGCGAAACUAUGCGCUUCGCGUCAAACGAUUUGGGCGCGCGAAAGACGACACGACGAAUAGUAGUUAUGGCAACAUCGGAGGUGGUUUAAAAGACGAAGUGGACGUGAACUCGAACGUUUCUCGAAUCAUCAAAGCCGCGCUCGUUGCUGGACUGUACCCAAAACUCGUACGAGCGCAACAUCCCGUUGCAAAAUACGCCAAGACGAUCGGCGGCGCCGUCGAGAAAAUGGCCUCGGGGAGAGAGAUGAAAUACUACUCUCGAGACGUCGGCAGAGUAUUUUUGCACCCAACGAGUGUAAAUUUCAACGUCGGCAAGUACGAAUCGACGUGGUUAGUUUACGGUGAUCGCGUUCAAACCUCGAAGGUUUUUGUUCGCGAUUGUACCAUGGUCGGAAGCUAUCCGCUGCUCUUGUUCGGAGGCGAAUUAGACGUGAAACACGAACAAGGCAAAUUAGUUCUCGACGAUUGGUGCGAAUUUAAUGCCCCGGCAAAGAUUGGCGUGUUAGCGCGUGAGUUGCGCAAGAAAAUUGAUCAACUUUUGACGAAUAAAGUAAACUCACCCGGCCCCAUAUCCAUGGACAACUCAAUCGUUAAAGCCAUGUUAACUCUUAUCGAAUCCGAGGGAAUGUAG